GCGUGGGCUCUCCCACCUGUCAACCCCUCACCCCCUUCCCUACCUAGGCACUUAACCCGACCACAACAAGCAAAUGUGGCGGUCCAUCGUCUCACAGGGAACGGCCACGCUUAGACGUACCAUUACCUCGUUCCAUCCAGCCACAUUUCGAGCUUCCCGGACAUACGCAAACAUGGCAAAACGCGACCCUUGCACCCUCUCCAACUACCAUGAGUGGCUCACCAAGCACACCACGGUCAACAUCUCUAUCAACUUCCACGAGAAAGCCGUCAAAGGAACAAUCUCGCUGGACCUCGAGUCCCUAACGGACAAGCAGAGCAAGGAGAUCAUAUUAGAUUCGAACCACGUCCGCAUAUCAGACGUCAAGGUCAACUCGGCCCCCGCCGCCGCAUGGGAGAUCAAGGACCCCGUAGGUCCCUACGGCUCUCCUCUUCACAUCUCCGUUCCCCAAGGCGCGCCCAAGGGUUCCGUUGUUCAAGUCGAGCUCGGUGUCGAGACCACCAACAAAUGCACCGCGCUCCAAUUCCUGACCCCGGCCCAAACCUCGAACAAGAAGCAUCCGUACGUGUACUCGCAAUGCCAGGCAAUCCAUUGCCGUUCCAUAUUCCCUUGCCAGGACACGCCCGAUGUCAAGUCGACCUUCACCUUCAUCAUCCGCUCGGCCCUGCCUGUCGUAGCCAGCGGCGUCCCCGUCGAGACGCCCGAAGAGAAAGAGAAAGGCGGCGACGGCGACGGCAACGACAAGCUGUACAAGUUCGAACAGAAAGUCCCCAUCCCGACGUACCUGUUCGGCCUUGCUUCCGGGGAUAUUGCCACCGCACCCAUUGGUCCCAGGAGCGUCGUCGCCACCGGGCCGGAAGAACUGAAGGCAUGUCAGUGGGAGCUCGACGGGGUGGAGGAUUUCAUCCAGGUGGCCGAGAAGCUCGUCUUCCCGUACCAAUGGGGUGUAUACAACGUCCUGGUGACGCCUCCGAGCUACCCCUACGGCGGAAUGGAGCAGCCCAUCUUCACGUUCGCGACGCCUACGCUCAUCAGCGGCGAUCGCCAGAACGUGGACGUCAUCGCCCACGAGCUGAGCCACUCCUGGAGCGGCAACUUGGUAACCAACGCCAGCUGGGAGCACAUGUGGCUCAACGAGGGGUGGACCAUCUACCUCGAACGGCGCAUUGGCAUGGCGUUGCACGGUGAUGCCGAGAGAGACUUCUCCGCCAUCAUCGGUUGGAAGGCCCUCGAGGACGCCGUGGACCUGUUCGGUCAUGAUCACGAAUUUACGAAGCUGAUUAUCAAUCACGACGGUAUCGAGCCCGAUGACGCCUUCAGCACCGUGCCCUACGAGAAGGGAUUCCACUUUGUGUACUACCUAGAGCGCCUCGUGGGACGGGACAACUUUGAUAAGUUCAUUCCACACUACUUCACCAAGUGGUCCAGGAAGUCGCUCGACUCCUUCCAGUUCAAGGACACCUUCCUCGACUUCUUCGGCAACUUUGGCGAUGAGUCCAUCAAGAACAAGAUCGCCGAGAUUGACUGGGAUGCAUGGUUCUAUAAGCCGGGCCUGCCCCCGAAACCACAGUUUGACACAUCUCGCGUUGACGUGUGCUACAAGCUCGCCGAACAGUGGAGGAACAAGGACUUCGAACCAAGCCCCAAGGACGUCGAGGAUUUCACCGGCAACCAGAAGCUGGUGCUCCUGGAAGCCGUGGAGAAGUUCGAAGAGCCCCUGGCCCCUGAGAAGAGUGAGCUGCUGGGCAAGGUGUACAGCUUUGCCUCUUCCAAGAAUGCGGAGAUCAAGUCAGCGUACUACAAAGUCGCGCUUCGUGCCCAGGACACCAGCUGCUACGAGGGCGUUGCCGAGCACCUGGGUCAGGUUGGCAGGAUGAAGUUCGUCCGGCCACUAUUCAGGGCCCUCAACAAGGUUGACCGGCCGCUCGCUCUGAAGACCCUCGAGAAGAACCGCGACUUUUACCAUCCCAUUUGCAGGGCCUUGGUCGAAAAGGAUCUCGGCGUCGCUGGAACAAGCUAGUUCAGGAUAGACGGCCCCAUUCUAUCUGCUGGGGCUCUCUAUUUAUGGGAGAACUCUUCAUGGGAAACUGAGAUUCUGAGGAGGUUGGGGGGCUUGAAAUAAUAUGUGGGAAGUGUAGGACUAGAGCGUCGGUCAAGGAAGAUCGUCAUAUAACAACGAGAAUAACCAUAAUAACAAGCCAAGGUUAUGGAAGAGCAUACGUAGGUAUCAACCUUGAGAGGCCGCUAUCGAGCCAAGGGCAUGUGUGAUGACGAAAGGAUGGUCUUGGAACUGGAGGGCAAGAGAGCCUGCCUCUGAGCCGCCGCCAUCAGCAAGGCACAUCGUUCGAAUACUGUUGGGUCUCUCUCUGAACCAGAUCGCAGUGGUAGAAGACGAACGAGGAGACGUCCAUGGCCAUGCUGGUACAGUUGUCCAGGAGCUGCCUGGGAGACAGGGCAUCGCAUCGGCAAGCUUGUUGUUACCUUUUGACGAG